UGGAGACGGACACGGAGCAUCAGAACCGACACCCGACGCGAUAAGCCAGGCGACACACGACCGGCACGCCAACGCCAACAGCCUCUCCUGCGCCGCUCCAGAUAUCCAUCUAUCCACACCCACGCGCGCCGGGCAUGAAGCUCGCGUGCUUCGGCGGCGCGGCGGCCGUGGCCGACGAGGCAGUGGCCGCGACGACUCACCGGACUCCUCGCCGCCGGUGGCGGUUCUUCUUCGGUAGCAAGGGCGAGAAGUCGCCGUCGACGGGGACGAAGAGGAUCACGUCGCCGGGCCGCCGGGAAAAAGACUUGAGUAUAUACGACAUGAUCGCUGCCGGCGCGGGGAAGUCGUCGUCCUCGUCCGUGACGUCCUCGUCGGCGCUCAGCACCGCGGCGUCGCUGGACUCGGCCUACUCGUCCUCCUCCUCCUCCCGCUCCUGCUCCCGGUCCUCCUCCUCCUCCUCUUUGUGCUUGGAAGUGGUGCCAACUCCGGCGAAGAAGCGGCCGGACGAGAAGAGGUCGCCCGCGGUCGGCGUGGCGGCGGUGCUGGUGUGCCUCUUGAUGAUGAUGUUCUGCGGCCGGCUCGCGGCCACGCUGCUUACCACCGCGGUGCUCUGCUUCUUCCCGCGAACAUGGCCGCCUGCCAGGGCCAAGGCGGCCGACAGCCUGCUGGUUGCGUCGUCGCCGGAGCACAGCGCGGCGUCGAGGAGACAAGUGGAGACAAUCAAGACGAAGGCGGUUAUGGAUGGGUUCCUUGCGAGGAACCGCAAGAAGUGAUCCAUCUUCCGACUUCUCCUUACUUUUUCUUUGUUAUUUAGCACAGUAGUUCCUUUAUUUUCUUAUAUUGUUUUUUGUCCGAGAGUUUAUGUAAUUAUAAAAUUCGGAUUAAGACUUAACACUGACAAAUAUACUACCUUUAUUUUCUCUA